CCGACGUUGGACUUGACUCACAGGCACAAUGGAGCAGCCGGAACUCAACCAUCUCUAUCAUCAGCCUGGCUGAACAAAACGGCGUCUUGGGGUAUCCUCGCCGGAUAUUGCAGUAAAAUUAUCGGGGCUAUGAGAUCAGCUUGGUCUCUCGCACUUGAAUCCAUCUGUUAAUGACCCGCCUUAUACCUCGGACAAAUUUCCCAUGAGCGAGGAAUCAUCCCUUCCAGCCACCAAUGGGCAUGCGCCCGAGUGGACGCCAGACUCCUGGAGAUCGAAGCCGAUCAAGCAGUGCCCCGAAUACCCAGACCAGGCAGGCCUCGCCAAGGCUGUGUCCGCACUGAAGCGCCUGCCGCCCAUCGUGCACCCGCGCGAGAUCAUCCAGCUCAAGCAGCACCUCCGCGAUGUGGCCCAGGGCAAGGCCUUCGUGCUCCAAGGCGGCGACUGCGCGGAGCUCUUCGACUACUGCGAACAAAAUGCAAUCGAAUCCAAGAUUAAACUGCUCCUCCAGAUGAGCUUGGUGCUCAUCUGGGGCGCCAACAAGCGGGUCGUGCGCAUCGGCCGCAUGGCUGGCCAAUAUGCGAAGCCGCGCUCCAGUCCCAUGGAGACCAUCAACGGCCGGCAGCUGCCGUCUUUCCGUGGCGAUAUUCUGAACGGCUUCCACCCUGAUGAACGGGACCUCGACCCCAACAGGCUAGUCAGGGCUUAUCACCACUCCUCAGCAACGCUGAACUAUGUCAGAGCUGCCAUCUCGUCUGGCAUUGCCGAUAUAAGCCGCCCCCUUGACUGGGGACUCGGCCACGUGCGCGACCCAGUGCUCAAGGCUAAGUACCAAAAGGCCGUCGACUUCCUCAAGGACAUGCGGAGUUUCAUGCACACCAUCGGCGCCGAGAACGAGAAAUUCCACACGGUUGAUCUGUUCACCAGCCACGAGGGGCUACUCCUAGAGUACGAGGAGAGCCUUACCCGCCUGCUUGACGACCCGACCUCGCCCCCCUCCCAGCCCCACAAGGCGUACUACGACACGUCCGCCCACUUCCUCUGGAUCGGCGACCGCACGCGGCAGCUCGACCACGCGCACGUGGAGUUCUUCCGGGGCGUCGCCAACCCGCUAGGCGUCAAGGUCGGCCCGACGACGCCCGCGUCCGACCUGCUCGCGCUGCUGCGCACGCUCAACCCGGCGCGGGAACCGGGCAAGAUCACGCUCAUCACGCGCUACGGCGCCGACAAGGUGGGCGCGCUGCUGCCGGCGCACAUCCGCGCCGUCGAGGACAGCGAGUACGCGCGCACGGUGGUGUGGCAGUGCGACCCGAUGCACGGCAACACGCAGUCGGUCAACGGCGGCAUCAAGACGCGCCGGUUCAGCGACAUCUUCAGCGAGCUGCAGCAGACGCUGCGCAUUCACAAGGAGCAGGGCAGCUAUCUGGGCGGCGUGCACCUCGAGCUGACGGGCGAUGCGGUGACCGAGUGCCUGGGCGGGAGCGAGGGCCUGGACGAGGAUGAUUUGUCGACCAACUACACCAGCUUCUGCGAUCCUCGGCUUAACGAGAAGCAAGCGUUGGAGCUGGCGUUCUUGAUUGCUGAUCACUACAGGAGUGAGAGGCGGGACGAGGACGAGUCGGCUUGACAUGUGUUCAGGACGGACUGCAUAUGUUCGGAGCAAUGGCAGAAAAAAAUUGGUGUCAGAUUAGGAGAAAUAAACACGCUAGAUCCAAGUG